GUCAACCUGUGGAUGAUCAAUAAACGCAUAGACCAUCUAUAAGUAAAAUGCACUUAAAGAAGUUAGAAUAUUGCAUUCGCACAUACACGUUAACCUAAAAAGUAAUAGUGGGUUUUACCCGCCCCUUUCGGAUAUCACCCACCUCUUUAUAAUGGAACAUUCCGCAAGGAGCGGCGAACUCGCGGUGAAUAACGAAAAGAUUAUAUCAGAUGCACUUGCAGCAAUUGCUCUUGAAUUUAAACGUCGCUGCGUCCGUCUGUGAAAACGUAUAGACCCGUGCCUGGGAAACUUUUACAAUGGUGGGUUUGAAUACUUCCGGAAAUAUGGCAAACUUUGUGAUGUUAACACUUUUACUGUUGAUUGCGCUAAAGGAGAUCAUAGCGUCUGAUGAAUCUUACGCGCUGCUGGAGGAUUUGUUUGAAAAGAAGAAAUACAACAAGUAUGUUCGUCCCGUCUUGAAUGAAUCUACGCCAGUAAAUAUCAGAAUGGAGCUAUACCUGAGUCAGAUUAAUGAUGUGGACGAGAAGUACCAGACAAUCACCACAAUGAUCUGGCUUACACAGCGCUGGACGGAUGAGUAUUUGAAGUGGGAUCCUGCACAAUACCACAAUCUUUCAGAGAUUCGUCUGCCGUCACAUUUGAUAUGGCUGCCCGACACAGUGCUUUAUAACACCCGGGAAACGUCAAAUGACCAACUGAUGCAACUCAAGACAACCACGAUUAUAAAAAACGACGGUUCUGUUGACUGGAGCGCUCCAAUAACUCUCAUUAGUCAGUGCAGUGUCAAUGUAAACUUCUACCCAUUCGACGGCCAGACUUGUUUUUUGAAGUUCGGGUCGUGGCAGCAUGAUGCUAAGUAUAUCGACUACCCCGGAUUUUACACAGACGCCGCCAUGUACCAGCAUAACGGUGAAUGGGAUACAUUCCAAAUGGAAGUCCAACGUAACGUCAAAAUCUACGACUGCUGUCCGGACAAGAAAUAUCCCGAUUUGACCUUUACCAUCAUCCUGCGCCGGAAGCCCCUAUUCUACGUAGUCAACCUAAUCAUCCCGUGUGCAUUGAUAUCUGCUAUGUCUAUAGUAGAGUUCAUAUUGCCUUGUAACUCUGGUGAGAAGGUAUCACUGGGGAUCACAGUGCUGCUCUCUCUUACUGUCUUCAUGUUGGUAGUGGCGGAGAACAUGCCGGCGAACAGUGACAAUAUACCCAUCAUAGCUCGGUACUACAUCGUCACCAUCUUCUUGGUCUCCUUCUCAACGUUUAUGACGGUAAUGGUUCUCAACCUUCACCAUCGCCGAUACCGGGUACCAAACUGGAUACAUAGCAUAUUCCUUGGUGGUCUGGCACCUGCUCUCUGUAUAAAGGUGACCAACCGUCGCCGCAAGAGCAUCUACAAUAGCCGAAACCAACACUUCCAACUGGUACCCACCUCCAGCACAGCAACCACAUAUCUGGACCAAGACACCAAGGAAGAAUCGCAGCCACAACAAAACAAUACUACGCCGUCACAUGUGCAGACUGGCACAAGCUAUUUGGCUCCAAUGCCACAACCUCGCCGUACAUGCGAUUGGAAGGACCAAGCCAUAGUGGACACCCUGACCAACGUACGAUUUCUUGCUCAGAGGUUCGCCGAGAAAGACAGAGAGGAAGAGAUGGCAAACGAGUGGCAAGAUGUAGCAAAGGUCAUGGAUCGGUUCUUUUUGUGCAUGUACAUCGUCUGCGUUGUCGUCAUGGAUGUCAUCAUUGGUAUGCAAAUAUUCCAAGAUCACGAGUUCCCGGGUGACGCUCUUCAGGCUGGGACUACGGUCUAGGUUGUUUAUGAAACUACGUUUCUUAUAACUUUGUAUAAGAGAAGGGCUAGGUCUUUCAAGAUAUCACUGAUAAAAUUCGGUCGCCAGAGGUAAAUUGUUUUAAUCUGUGUGGUUGCGUUAUAUUGUGAAUCGAAAAGGGUGUUUUUGUAACGGCUAAAGAGAGGUUUAUAUACCAAUAACGCUAAUAAUUAGCUGAGGAGUUGAAGGUGAUUUUGAAUGUUUUGAAGCGAUUAAUAUUGCAUGGCUCUAUGAUUAGGGGGAGAUCUUAAGUAAAAUAAGUGGUGGAUUGUGAAACAUCGCAAAAUGUCCAACAUUGUGGACAUUGUCAUUAUACUUUAAUUCAAACUGCAUUAAUCUUGUUGAGACCCUUAAUGGACGGUUGAUUUUAAACCUGCUCAUGUCUUAGUUGCGCUUGGCCGAUAUUCACAAGUUUCAUUUGUGUGUGACCGACUUAUGACAGAUUAUACGAUUUAUGAAUUAAACCAGUUUGCAUUCCAUGUGGCUGUUCUGUAUGGCAAUGUUUUGGCACCGCAGAUGUGUAUCCGAACAGUAACUCGCACAACAAGCCUUUUAUAAAGACUUGACAUAUUUCAAGUAGGAAUACACAUUCAAACCGGGGACCUACAACAACAGAGGACAAUAGAGUCCACGUUCGGGAAAAACCAAUUGGAGCUGUUGCAAAAAAAAAGAGAAUAACCAAAAGAGAGACAAUUGGAGGUCCACUGUUGCAGGCGUAAAGCGUGAAAACGAGAAAGCAACUUGCCGAACUUACAUUUAUCCUCACAUGUAAUCAAAUCCCUUUUUUAAACUUAUAUUUUGUCAAACACCAAAUAUGUUAAAUGAAAAUAUUUUAAAGGAAUAGGAUCGUCAAAAAAAAUGGUAUGGAGCAACUUGGUCUCGUGGAAGUUCGAGAGACGCGCGAGACUUGCACAUUAUAUAACCAGAUACAAUCUGCAGAGUGGGCUGGUUCAUUGUAAUAUCAUUUCAAAGUGUAGGUGAUCAUACAGUGUUCAAAAACGGUCUUAUGUAAAAAAGAAUGUCUGCUUAUGUUGAGAUGACUCGAUAUUUCCUUGGUGAUUCAUUAAAUAAAGAUCAAUAAUGUAUUUAGACAACUGUAAAGUUCAAGUGGGUAUAUUGUGUAAUUUGUUUUUAUGAAGAUAAUGUAAAGUUAAAGAAUGAACUACAAUGGGCUGGGUUUUUUUCUAAAGAAUUUUAAAGAGGUUCGACAGCCCCUUUAAGCGUUGCCAAAGAAAACAUUGCUAUAUAUACGCACAAUCACCAGGCAGUGGACUUAAGACAACAGUUUAGCAAGGAGUUACUACAAUCUAAAAUGCCAACACAAAUUAAACGUCUUGUGCCAAACUGACUGAGUAAUAAAAACAGCUCGAGGGAGCAUGUGUUAAUGUUUGCGGGAUCACUAGUAGACCUACUUUUUGACAGCGUAGGGUGUGCAUUACGUGUGCUCGCAUUCACAACACAGCUUUGCUAUCGAUUUAGCUCAAAAAUAUGAAUAACAAUAUUUUUCGCAUGGGUUUUAUAGUUUCGGGCGGGAAAAUAUAUGCUUGUUUUUUGAGGCUGAGAGUUGUUUAUUUAUUUGGAAGUAAAGGAAGCCAUUUGUGCUUGGCCCUUAGGUUGGUAUACAAUAAUAGGUCAACCUGAGUAAAAUAUGAAUCAAAAUAUGUAAAUAAAAAUUAGGCAUACUGUAUUAUCACUUCCAAUCAAUGUAGUAUUGAAAGUUAUGCGUAACUUUAUAAUUAUGUUAUAACAUAAACCAUUAAUUCGAUUGCGAAAGUAUAUAACAGUGCUGUAAUAAGAGUAAACUCUUAAAGAAGACUGUGUAAGUUUUUCAAAAUGGAACACGUUCGAAUGAAACUGAAUUAACUUUGGAUAAAAUGGACUAGGAAAACAAAAGCACGAGUUACCCUUGUUGUUUUCGUUUUCUAAGUCGUAAAAGGAAAAAGGGACUAAGUAAGUAACCUUUGCCAAAAUUUGCAAGUUUGAACAGAUGUAGUAUAUAUGAACCAUAAACUGAAGUGUCUACAAAUGUAUUAAAGUCACCUGGAAAUAGAAUUGUUUUUCUUUCAAACAUAAGAGUAUAUGCUUACGAACAAUGAAACAAUUU